CGCCGCCCCGCCCCGCCCAGGGCUGUCCGCCUCGGUUGGCGCCGGGAAGCCGAGGCCGACCCGCGCUUCCUACACUGCGAAGCGGACUGGCUAAUCACCCGAGAAGCGCUACGAAGCUCAUGUCGGAACGUCUGCAUGGCCCGCCGCCCACCGGCUCUGCCCGCAUAGCGCAUGCGCCGCGGCUCGGCCGACCAAUCCGAACCCCGGUCCAGUUUGGAAAAUUUGCGGCCUGAAAUAGAAAACCUAGCAAAGCAUCUUCGCUAUGAAGUUGCAGUUUUUGGAAAGCAACAGGGUUGGUCUGAAAAGGUUUCCAGGUUCCAUUUCAAGAAAAACCUACGAAGAAUUAUUUCAGAAUUAUAUGUUCGAGACAACUGCCAUCCCUUCAAAGUCAGUUUGCUAAUGUGGGUUCAGAUUCCCGUGUGGUUCUGCGUGUCCAUUGCUUUGCGCAACUACAGUGUAGGUGCUGUAGACUCUGAAGUUCAGGAACAGUUUUGUUCGGGUGGAAUUCUGUGUUUUACAGACCUCACUGUACCAGAUUCUACAUGGAUUUUGCCAGUUGCGCUUGGGCUCCUCAAUUUGUUAAUAGUGGAGAUCUUUUCUUUUAGAAACCAUGAGCUAUCCAGGUUCCAGAAGUUGGCUACCAUCUUGGGUCGAGGGAUGUGUGUAGUAAUGAUCCCUAUUGCUGCUACAGUCCCUUCAUCUGUGGCUUUGUAUUGGUUGUCCUCCAGCUUCAUGGGACUCUUGCACAACCUGUUGCUGCUCUCUCCUACCUUUCGUCAACUGUGCCGCAUACCAAAGACCAAAUCCUGUUCUGACACUCCUUACAGGGAUAUUGUCUCUGCAUUUUAUGCCAGACGCUUCUUAAAGUGAUUCAUUUUGUCCUGUUGGAAGAGCUACUCCAUAAAAGCAACGAGGGUCAUUGAGAAUAAAGUACUGAAAUGUAUAUUUAAUUGUAUACUGCUGCCUUUAGAAUUAUGUUUAUGUUCCUAACCAAGUAGUGGUUGUCUGAUAUCAUGAGAAAUGCACUGGGUAUUUUUGAUUGUUUGGCAGGCUAGAUUUUGUUUCAAGGAUGAUGUUUUGUAAGUGUGUAAGCAAGAUGGGAUGAAGAUGGAUGUUAAAUAAAACUGGAUGAUGGAA